GAAAUGACAAAAAUCCAAGGUGGAACCAGACGGCAGAGGCUGCAGCACAGAGCCCGUUCUCGAACCCAGAGUCAGACCACAAGAACACGCAAGACUUUACUGAUGAAAGCUCAGCGAACUCUUUACCAUAAAGAGUUUUAACAACUAAGCAAGGACAUUAAGAGGAAAAGACCAGAUGCCACUCUGCAGGUUGUGUUAACUACCACUUACUGGAUACACUCAAAUCCAUCAGAAUCAACCGAGUAACCAGGUAGCAAGGAAGGAACACCAGCCAUGGACAACCUCACCUCUGUGGCCAGGAACAGCAGCCUGUGCACCAGAGAUUACAAAAUCACCCAGGUCCUCUUCCCGCUCCUCUACACGCUCCUGUUUUUCGUUGGACUCAUCAUAAAUAGCCUGGCAAUGAGGGUCUUCUUCCAAAUCCGCAGUAAAUCCAACUUUAUUAUUUUUCUUAAGAACACAGUCAUUUCCGAUCUUCUCAUGAUUCUGACUUUUCCGUUCAAAAUCCUCAGCGAUGCCAAACUGGGGACGGGACCCCUGAGGACCUUCGUGUGCCAGGUGACCUCUGUCGUAUUUUACUUCACAAUGUACAUCAGUAUUUCCUUCCUCGGACUGAUAACUAUCGAUCGCUACCAGAAGACCACCAGGCCCUUUAAAACGUCCAACCCCAACAAUCUCCUGGGGGCUAAGAUCCUCUCUGUUGUCAUCUGGGCUUUCAUGUUCUUACUCUCUUUGCCUAACAUGAUUCUGACCAACAAGAGGCCGAGAGACAAGAACGUGAAGAAAUGCUCUUUCCUCAAAUCAGAGUUUGGUCUGGUCUGGCAUGAAAUCGUCAACUACAUCUGUCAAGUCAUUUUCUGGAUUAACUUUUUAAUUGUCAUUGUGUGCUAUACGCUCAUUACAAAGGAACUGUACAGGUCCUAUGUAAGGACAAGGGGCACGGGCAAAGCUCCCAGGAAAAGGGUGAACAUCAAAGUUUUCAUUAUCAUUGCUGUGUUUUUCAUUUGUUUUGUUCCUUUCCAUUUCGCCCGAAUUCCCUACACGCUGAGCCAGACCCGGGACGUCUUUGACUGCCCUGCUGAGAACACUCUAUUCUACGUGAAGGAGAGCACCCUCUGGCUGACGUCCUUGAACGCGUGCCUGGAUCCCUUCAUCUACUUCUUCCUCUGCAAGUCCUUCAAGCGCUCCCUGAUGGCUAUGCUGAAGUGCCCCAAUUCUGCAACGUCUCCAGCCCAAGAAAACAGGAGAAAAGCACAGGAUGGUGGUGACCCCAGCGAAGAGACUCCAAUGUAAACCAAGGAGGCAGCAGUGCGUCUGCUGGCGUUCGGAACGCCUAAAAGGAAAGCACUAUGAAAAAUAUUAACAUGACUAAGAAGCAGCUGAGUCAGUAAAGUCGACUCUUGAAACAAGUAAUACAAGACUACAGAAGGACUUUUCCAGCAUUAAAAGCUAUCUUAAAAUGUAGAAAAAUAAGCUACCUUGCAGCUGUGUAGUAAAAAAUCAGCAUCCAAUCCCUAUGCUAUGUGCAAAACUACACAGAAUUCAUGGUUUGCAGGGUUUUGGCAAAAUGGGUAACCAUAUAGUAGUAUCUACUCCAAUUCUUUAAAUACAUUAUUGAUCACAAUGUUUUUUUUUUUAUGAUCAACUAAGGAAGAAUGAUAAAUUUGAUAACAACUUCUGACCAAAAGUUACACUUAAGAUGUACAUACAUCCUAGUCCCCUAACCAGAUGCUGACCUCUUAUGAUACUCACUAGAAAAACUGAAGUCAGCGGGACACGCCAAGAAGAAUAACUACUAACUUUUAAUUAUUAGCAAAAACCUAAAGGAUUUAAACUAAUUGAAAUGGUAAUUGAUUGGACUGAAUUUUUUUUUUAAUUUUUCAUUAAGGUAGAGGUUUAAAAAAUAUCUUUCCAAUAAAAAGAGCAGAAAUGGCAAAGUUAUUAAAACAAGGAGUUAUUUCUAUGACAUUCUAAUACCAAAAUAAUAUGAAUAUUUCCUUAACACUAGAGAAACCAGCUUUACUAAUAUUCUGACAACUUCAGUAAAUAUAAUACCAUCACUGACACUUAGCAUUAUUAACUAGCUUCUAGAAACUACCUGCUACUUGGGUUACUGAACAUUUUCCAUAGUGAGAAAAACAGGUUAAAUAUGAUUACGCAGUUGCACAGCAUAACUGUUAACAGGAAAAUGAUUCAAAUGUUCGGAAUUACCUGCUUGUUAUUUGUGUGUACAACAAAAAGUUUACAUUAAACUCUAAAUCACACUUUGUUGGAAUUUCUUUGCUCAAAGAGAUUAGAGAGCAUGACUCACCUCCUGUACACUCCCACAUCAAUCACACACCAAACCCAUCUGGGGAAGCUGAGCUGCCAACACUGUUUCAUGACACGGUUGGGGGCAACGUGUCUUCUGAAGGUGACACCUCAUAUCAAUUAGUUCAUAAGUAAAUGACAAAAUAGGUCAAAAUUAUAAUGGAGUCAGAUGCCACAUGAGCCAUAUUAUUUUUAAUAUAAACAAAACAUAUAAUACACUUGGAAGCUGACAUCAUUUAUCUCUAUUAUUUAUGACCCUUAGAGGUGAUUCUCAAAUAGAAAGCAUAGAUACCAGUAUCUAAAUAUAACAUGAGAAGACACUAAAGGGGUGAGCUGCAGUAUAAGGAAGUUCACUGAACUUCAAUAAUAAUCAAUUUUAUCCAAACCCUCCACAAGUUCUGCUGAGCUAAACUUCAGCACAAAGUUGAACUUAUUUUUUUAUAUUUUUUUGUUUUCUUAAGGAAGAUCAGCCCUGAGCUAA